AUGUCCUCGACUCGGUCGUCAAGUCCCGUCGAGGGAGGAUCGCCCCUAGGGGCGUUCCUCUCGCCCAAGUCGAAGAUGAAGGCGCUCCUCGCUACGGUCGGGAGUGAUUCCGAAGACGAGUCCCCGGUCCGAACUCCAAAGAUUGCCCGACGAUCACCGAUCCGGAGGGCAGAGCUGAGCUCUGACAGCGAAGAUGAAAUCGUGCGGCCACGAGGCCGGUUCGCGGCACAGAUGCUCGCGUCGGUCGAAGAGACAUCCAAUACGGAGACGAAAACGGAGAUAAAUCCCUCCGAGAGCGCCAGAGAACGUGUUCGAAGGCUGCUUGAACUUGGUGUCAGUGACGCGACAGAAGAUACACGGGAGGACCGAGGCAACGAUGCAGAUGAAGAUGUCCCCGUUGCCCGAAGGAGACUACGGCCUGCUGCCGAGAGGGCAUCUACCCCAGAGACGGCGGACUUUGCAGCUCCCACCUCUAGCCCGGGUCUAUUCGUCUCGCCCGGCCAGAAAUCCGCCCAUGGUGAAGACGAAACCAGACAUUCCUCAAACGAAGCCUCAGACGACGACACGAUGAAAAAACUACGCAAAAACGCCCGCUUCCAAGCCCUCGUCGAGCGGAAACGAAAAGAACGCGAGGCCCGCGAGGCCGAGGAAGAAGCCAAGAAGACCGCCCGACUAGCUCGCCUACAACAAGGAGAAGGUGACGAGCGACCCACAACACUCGAGCUCUUUUCCGAUUCCGAAGGCGGUAACACGUCGAGUAUCACAGACGACGAGGGCGGUCGUCGUCUCACGCAGAAAGUAAGACCGACGCGUAAAGCGAGCAAGAGGGCCAUUGAGGAGAUGAAUCGGGAGACGCAAAGGAUGGCGAGGAAUAUGCAGCUUGCGCACCAGGCGAAGACGAAGAAGAAGAUUACGAAGGCUGCGCUUUUUGAAAAGUUUGGGUUUAAGCCUGCGGAUGGCGCGAGUGCAUCGGAGCCGAAGACUUUGAGCUCGAGCAGACCGACUACGCCGGUUUCGGAUGUGGAGAUGGGGAAUGGGGAGACACCGCCUAGCUCGCCUCCUACUGUCCGUACACCGAAACAAGCUGCUGAAGCUACCAGUGCUGAGGCGGCGGCGCCUGCUGAGGAGGGCAUGACCACGUCUCCUAGUAAAAUCGAGGUUCCCAAGGCUUCUGAAUUACCGAAGGAAGUUCACCCGAAACGUCGUAUUCGUGUGAAGCUUCCGGUGAAUCUUGUAACGAUCGACUCCGACGACGAGUUGAGCAUCACCGCCACGAGAAAGAGCAAGCUCGACGCCAUCUUCGACCGCGUCCCCAAGGACCAAGCCCAAGAGCCCAAAACCUUCCAAACAUUCCGAGCCCUCGCCCAGCUCACGUCCCCAGGAAAGGCCGCCAACUGCCGCCGCAGGGGCGAGAAGCCGUGCAUGACGCCGGCAGAAAUGCAGGCCAUGCUACGCGCACGCGCCCGGCAGCAGGCCAAGGACGAGAAGCAGCGCCGCAUCGAGAUGCUCAAGGCCAAGGGCGUCGUGAUUCAGACGGAAGAGGAGCGCCUCAAGGAGAUUGAGGAGGUGGAAGAUAUCGUGGCGAGGGCGAGGGAGGAGGCGCAGGAGAUUAUGCAGAGGGAGAGGGAGGAGGCGAAGAAGGAGAAGGAGGAGAGGAGGAAGAAUGGGGAGGUGGUGGACAGUUUGGAUUGGGAUGAUAGCUCUGAUGAUGAGGACUACAAGGAGGAACGCGAAUCUGGUGGUGAGGAGGAGCCUGAUGAGUUGGCUGAGCUUGAACUUUCCGGGUCUGAAGAGGAGGAGGAGGAGGAGGAAGAGGAUGGUGACGAUGAGGCUGAGGAUGGGGAUGAUGAAGAGGAGGCGCCUAAUCCUCUCUUUGACAACGAGGCCGAUGAGGAUGAGGAUGAGGAGAAGGAGGUUGGUGAUAUCGCCAUGGGGGAUGAUGAUGAGGAAGAGCUGGUCAUGAUCAAGACCAGGAGGUCAAGGAAGACGCAGGUCUUGUCUGAUGAUGACGAGGAAGAUGCUGUCGCCAUUGACGCUACUCCCAAGCCCAAGGCGGCCUUUUCCAAAUCUCCCGCUCCCCCUUCGACCAAGUCUCCCGCCGCACCCAUGUCCGUCCUACGGUCGGCGACCAAGACUUUUAUCCCCGGCCUCCCCGUUGCCCCUGCUGGUCCCGCUGGGCUCGGCCUCACGCAGAUGUUCGCUGCUACGAUGGAUGAGAGCCAGAGCCAGAUGGGUGGCACGCCCAGCCAGUUGAUGGACACGCCCCGACCUACUUUUGACCCCUUCGCUCGGCAGAGUUUCGUCGCCAGCACGCAGGACAUGAAUCAUGAUGACGACGUAAUCAUGGACAGCCAGCCGCCGCUUCAAGAAACCCUCAGGGAGGAGACUCAAGGGGGUAUGGACCUGCACUACUCGCAGACCCAGAUGCGGAACCUUGACAGUCUUGUUCGCGAGGACACACAGCUCUCCGAUUUCAUGCCGUUUACUCAAGAUGGUGGCCUCGAGGACCAUACUCCCCUCAAAGAGAGAUUCAUCGAUGCUCCUGACUCGAGUGCCACUCCUGGCACUGUUUUCGGCGCGACUCCAACCCCCGAUUCCAUCCAUGAGUCCCCGCUUAUUAGGAGAGGAAGGCUACGGCGCAAGCUAGAUGUCAUUGCUUCUAUUAACGAGGAACUGUCUCAGGUCGCUGAAGAAGAAGAGGCGCGCGAAGGCAGCCCCAGUCCCAGCCCGCAGAAGGACGAGUUCGGAUUCAACACGACCACCGCGUUUGGGGUCUUGCAAAAGGCAGCUCGUGACGAAGAGAGGCGCAAGAGGAGGGAGGAGAAGCUCAAGGAGUUUAACAGGAAGAAGAGCAAGGCGAAGGAGAUGAUUGAGGAGCAGGCCGAGGAGUCGGAGGAUGAGUAUGCGGGCCUUGGGGGUGUGGAUGAGGAUGACGAUAGCGAUGGGGACCUCGCGUCGGUCAAGGAUCUGAUUGAUGAUGAGAAGGGGGCUGCUACGGCGGAGGACGAGCGGAAGCUCGCAGCUUUCUAUGCCGAUCGGGAACGCGCCGACGACGAGAAGCAAGUCGAGAAGCUCUUCAAGGACAUCACGACGGGCAUGCUCCGCCGCAAGCGUGCCAACGACUACGACCUCUCGGACUCGGAUGACGGCGGCGAGGCGCGCAAGCGCAUGAAGCGUAAGCAGUUUGCCAAGAUGCAGAAGGCGCUCUUCGCCGACGAGCGCGUCAAGAAGAUCGCCGAGAUGCCGGGUAACCAGGCCUUCAUGCGGACCCUCGAGGACCGAGCCAGCGAUGAUGAGAUGGAUUUCAUUGAUAUUAUCGAGGAUAAUACUACGGAGACGGAGGAUUCGCAGUCGCAGCAGCAAUCCGAUGAUGGUGCUUCUGCGCGUGUCCUCGUUCCCAACAGCCAAGCGGACGUCAAGAAGGCUGCUAAUGGAGGGGAAAUACGAGCGCCGGCGCAUAUGAGGAGGACCAAGGAUGGCAAGAAGCCGUCUGAUAUUGGGCAGAUUCGGGAGUCUCUUUCGAGUCUGCUUGAUGAGCCUCUGGGAUCUGUCGUUCCUGCUACGGAGGUUGGCAGCGAUAGUGACGACGAUGAAGAGAACGACGACGAGCGUGGUGAUUCGAGGUCGCGGAGCAACAAGGAGAAUAUCAGCCCACCCCCUGGCGCAUCUACGACCUUAAACCGCAAGGGACCAGUCAUCCACGACCGACUCUCCUUCAAGCGCGGUAAUUCCUCGACGACAAUGACAGGACGCCGCGCCUUUUCGCGCAGCGCCUCUCAAGCAGGCAAGCCGCCCACGCUCCUCCGCCGCGCAACGUCCAACUCGUUCAUGUCCAACAACGUUGGCGGCAGCGGUGGCAUCUCGGGAUCCUCUUCCGGAACAAACUCGCCCCUGACGACGGGGUCGGACAGCGACAUGUUCGGCGGCGACAAGAUCCGCAGGGGCGCCGCCAAGGGGUCUAGUAUUAGUUUCGAGAGGAAGGGGGCGAGGCCUUCGGCGGCGGAGGGGUUGGCGAUGAGGAGGACGGAGAGGAAGUUGAAGGGGGCGGAGGAGAGGUUGAUAGCUGCGAGGGGGUUGUUGGGGAGUGGCAAGUUUGAGUGA